UAUUAUUAUUAUUAUUAUAUGGGGUUAGAAGACGCAGAUCUUGUAGUAGAUGAUGAUGGAGGUGGUUGUAAAGCCACCAUUUCGUGUUCGAUAUGUCUCGAUAUCGUUACGGAUAACGGCGAUCGCUCUUGGGCUAAGCUUCAAUGUGGCCAUCAAUUUCAUUUAGAUUGCAUUGGUUCCGCAUUUAAUGUGAAGGGAGUGAUGCAAUGUCCCAACUGCAGGAAAAUUGAGAAAGGUCAGUGGCUUUAUGCAAAUGGUUGCCGAUCAUAUCCGGAGUUCAGCAUGGAUGACUGGGCCCAUGAUGAAGAUCUUUAUGAGCUCAGCUAUCCUGAAACGUCGAUGUGGUGCCCCUUUGGUGGAUUUACUCGGCUUGCUGCUUCUUUUGAUGAAGGGGAAUUUCCAACUACUGCAUAUCAUGAUCUUCUUGGACAGCAUGCAAUCUUUACUGAACAUGCAGCAGCUGUAACAUCUGCUACCCAUCUGUGUCCAUAUAUUGCUUAUGUUCAACCAGUUCACCCCUCAUCAUCAUCAUCAACUUCGAGUUCGAGUGUUGCUGAUGGUCCUACCUACAAUAAUCAAUGGAACAGCCAAUCAGCAUCCAGUGAGAUGCCAGGUUCUUAUGCUUUGCCUAUGGAUCUCCGAUACCACACACUCUUUCCUACGUCAAACAACCGUGUAGGUGGUGCUGAACAACCAUCCAUGCCAUCGAUCAUGCCCCAAAGGCCAGUUAGGUCUAAUGCUGAUAUGCCAAGAUCAGGCUCUUAUGUGCAUCCGUUUGUUGUUGGCCAAAGUUCUGCUGCUAGAGGUCCCACCUCGGGUGGGUCUUCAAUGAUUCAUCCUUACCCCGGGAGUGCUGCACGGGCACGUGAGCGGUCCCAGGCCCUUCAAGCCUAUUUUCAGCAACCUAGCAGUCAACCCGGCUUACGUACACCAAUGGUAUCUGGAUCACGGAGAUCCAGCAGUCAAGCCCAAACGGGUCAGGUAGGCUCAUCUUCGGACGUUUUUCGUACCAGUAAUGGUGGCUUCUAUGUCCGUGCAACACCAGGUUCAUCAACGACUAGAAGCAGCUUUCAGGAAGCAGAAAGCUCGAUCCCAAAUCCUUUCCACCAUACAUGGGAAAGAGAUCCACACCAAGGUUCCGGGUGGGGAUUCCAUCAUGUUGGGGGAGGGUCUAGUGCUGCCAUGUAUCGACAGAGGCAUGGUUCAGAAAGAAACUCAUCGCAAGGCCAUUAUCGGUCAUAAAGGAAAUGGAUGAUUGUUUAUUUCGGCUGCUUUUCUUGAACUAAUUAUGAUGAUGAGAAAAACUUAUUUGGUGAAGUCUUUUAAGCAUGUAAGUGUAACAAAAAACAGUUGGAGGCUUUGCUUGUGGGUUGCAAAGGCUUGAAACCCUGUUGAAUGGCCUUGAAAUGAGUCCAUGCUGCGUUGUUGAUUGGUUUGUGUGAUGGACUUUGGCUUCUUUGCUCUGGAGAUAUAUAUAAUAACAUUAUCGUGUUUAAAGACCAUAUAUACAACCAUGCCUAAAGUUCAUAA